GAGAGACACCUCUCCCUCUCUCUCUCCAUUUUCACACUCCACCCACUUUUGGCUUUCUUUCUCCAUCUCUGCCACCGUCUCUCUCUCUUUCUGGACUUGUCUUUAUUUGGCACUCCCGGAAGCCGCUGGCCAUUUCUCUCCCUGCCUGCCCGGGCAGCUGAUGUGACUGACUGACACCGGCUCCCGCUGAGGAGGAGGAGGAGAAGGAGGAGGAGGAGGAGGGAGAGCAGCGGCGAGGCGAGGCGAGGCGAGGGAGGGGGGGAGCGAGUGACCGGCCACGGAUUUUCAUUGCAGAGAGGAGGGGGAGGAAAAAAAAAAAAAAAAAAAAAAAAAAAAAAAAGGGCUACACACGGGUCAUCAAAACAGACCUGACUCUGUCAAGCGAUGCCAGCCUUGAACUCUCUUAAUCAGCGUAAGAUGAUCUAAUUUUGAGGGAGGCAGCUGUAGUGCUGGUGGGUAGCUGGGCUCCGAGUCCUCGGUUCCCCCCCGCGCUUGGAGCCAGAGAAUGGCAGAGACUCAUGGUUUGAUGGAGAGACUGGAGAAAGCAGUGACUCGACUUGAAUCAUUAUUUUCGGAUUCACACAGAUCUGGUGGAAUGGAGUAUGAUGCCAUUAAUGGAGUCAAUGGAAGCAUAGCACCAUAUGUUGAAGCCUUUGAUAGGCUGCUGAAUGGAAGUGUUGCUGAGUUUCUCAGGUACAGCAAGAUUCUUGAAGGUGAUGUGAAGACACAUGCAGAGAUGGUACGUGCUGCUUUCCAAGCACAAAGAUCUUUCCUGGUGUUAGCAUCUCAAUGUCAAGAGCCUCAAGAGAAUGAGGUGGCAAUGCUUCUCAAGCCAAUAUCAGAGAAGAUUCAGGAAAUCCAGAACUUCAGAGAAAGGAACAGAGGAAGCAAAAUGUUCAACCACCUCUCAGCUGUCAGUGAGAGCAUACCUGCCCUUGGGUGGAUAGCGGUGUCUCCUAAACCAGGCCCGUAUGUCAAGGAGAUGAACGAUGCUGCUACCUUUUAUACUAACAGGGUAUUAAAGGACUACAAGCACAGCGAUGCACGCCACGUUGAUUGGGUGAAGUCGUAUCUGAACAUAUGGUCUGAGCUUCAAGCUUACAUCAAAGAGCAUCAUACCACGGGUCUCACCUGGAGUAAAACUGGUCCUGUCGCAUCACCCAUGUCUAUGAGAUCUGUUCUAACAAGUGGGUCAUGCCUCUCCGCACCUCCUCCACCACCACCACCACCACCUGGACCUCCCCCCAUCUUUGAUACAGAAACUGUCAAGGACGAGGGAACUGCUUCUCGCUCAGCCCUAUUUGCACAGCUUAACCAGGGAGAGGCAAUUACCAAAGGGCUUCGACAUGUCUCUGAUGACCAGAAGACUCACAAGAACCCCAGCCUGCGUGCCCAAUGUCCCUCUGUUCGUUCUCCUACAAAGAGCCAUACUCCAAGUCCCACCUCUCCCAAGAAUUCCCCACAGCAGAGCCAUGCCCCUGUCUUGGCGCUAGAGGGAAAGAAGUGGCGAGUGGAAUAUCAAGAGGAUAAGAAUGACCUGGUCAUUAACAACACUGAACUCAAGCAAGUGGCCUACAUUUUUAAGUGUAACAAAUCUACACUUCAGAUAAAAGGAAAAAUCAAUUCAAUUAUUAUUGACAACUGUAAAAAGUUUGGCCUUGUAUUUGACAACGUUGUGGGAAUCGUGGAAGUGAUCAAUUCCAGGGAUAUUCAGAUUCAGGUGAUGGGAAAAGUGCCAACCAUUUCUAUUAACAAAACAGAAGGCUGCCACAUUUACCUCAGUGAGGAAUCAUUAGAUUGUGAGAUUGUGAGUGCCAAGUCAUCCGAGAUGAACAUCCUCAUCCCCCAAGAUGGUGAUUACAAAGAAUUUCCGGUUCCUGAACAGUUCAAGACAGCAUGGGAUGGAUCUAAGUUGGUCACUGAACCUGCAGAGAUUGUGGGUUAACUUCCCAACGCCACACAGCACUUGCUGACCGUGACCAGACCACGGCCAGCAUAAACUAAGCAGUAAUGUAAAGAACUAGAAGCAGCAGUAGUUCAUACUGCUGUGAUAGGCCUUCAAGCAUUAGCUCUGCAUGCUAAAAACAGUAACACCACCGGCACCCUUCCGUUAGGCAUCCCAGUACUUUCCACGUUCCCACACAGUUUGCCUUCACACACAGUUUUCAUUCUAAAUGAUUUCAUGUGAAUGUAAUAGAUUAAAACCCCCCACCCUCCAGUCACGUCAUUGGUUUGAAAUACCGCAUACAUCAAGCCAAAAUACUGCAUGAUACACUUUGUUAUCAUCUUGCUUCAGUGCAUUCCUUUUUAUGUUUCUGCUAAUCAAAAACAGCAUUAAGACUUUAAGAUGUUUAUUUUUACCUAUUAAGCAAUUCCUGUAAGAUGCAGUAAAAGUGUACCCCUAGAAAGUAUGCAGUUCCUUGUAGUUCUGUGGCAAUCAUAAUGGGGUUUGUUUUAAACAAGCAGAAAAUGACAACUUUCAGCAACACAUUUUGUUAAUGGAAGAUAAAAAAAAUCUGGUAUUUUAAUCAAACACUUUUCUAAUAUGUGUAUUUAGAAGAUCCCUAUGUUUUAUGUGAGGUAAGAUUUUAUUACGGUCCACAGACAUGCUGUUGCCCUCUCAUUUCUUGCAAAUCAGUAAUUCUUUCUGAGCUAAAGCCUCAACUAAGCUAAAACCUUGCAGCAAAUCACUUGAAGGUUUUUUGAUCCUUGGAUUUCUUUUUUGUUGUUGUUGCUGUUUUUGGUUUUUGGGGUUUUUUUUUUUGGUGAGACAAUCUCUCAUAAUUUAAAAUUUCACAUUGUAUCUUGCAUUCUGUUCCGAAAACUGAGGGAGGCAUGUAUGUCAGAUACCAGCUAGUUUCCUUAUAACGUUCCUUUAAAAUAUUGCUAUUGUAGCUCAUAUUCAUUACAAAUAUCUUCCUGUUUCUUCCCCACAUUUGUAGGACUUACUCAAUUUCAAGUAUGUCCACAAAGCAAAGCCAUAUAUUUAUGUCAUACUAAUUCUGAGCCCAAAUAAAGGGCUAAUUUCCUGUUUAGCCCUUUGAUUCUACUUUAUAGUCCCUAUUGUACAUGCUUUUUUAACAAAGGUGGAGUGUUGUACACAUUUGUACUAUUUCAGCACAUAGUACAAAUAAAAUUUUAAAAAUUUAAGUAGUCAGCUUAUGUUUUUGAUCACUUGUAAUACUUUGUAACAGCGAAAUCACAGUGAGAUGCUUGCAGAGCUAGUUACAAGCUAAAUUUUGUGCCUAAUUUACCUUGAAAGUACAUUAAUUCUUGAGGGUUUUUAAGUAUAUCUUUGAUUCUAAACCCUAUACAAUACAACCAGUAGUGCUCAUGCCAUAAGGUUUUGCUAUCUGAUGUUUAAUCUAUGUGUAUAAUGUGUUUGCUUUAAUACAUACCAUUUUUUCAACAGUAAACUUCUUAUGAAAUAAAAUGGAAAAUGUACUUGUUUAAAUACAAAGUUGUUCAGAACAUGCUCCGUUACAGUGUUUGUCCUAUAAGCUUUCUCUUUCUUAAAUGCUGUUGCAAGAGCUUGAUUAAGUAGGUCCUCCUUCCAUUUCAUUAAACAUUACCACUUUUGCUGCUGUAACUCACCUGACAGUGAAUAGCAGGUAUUCUGCAUGCUAGCAGAUAAACCUGAAGUUUCAUGCAUAUAACUUUGUGACAGCCAGAGAAUUGAGCUUUUCAUGAGUCUCACUUAUAGGUACACCUGUAUCUUCUAGGGAUUAUGUCUAGGGAGAUGAUCGUGACCUGGUGCAAUUUUAUAAGGUUCGCCUUUUAUUUUUAGCUUCUCCCAUUGUUUCCCUCCAUGGCUUUGGUAGUGUCCCUCCUGUGUUAACAAACCACAAGCGGUCCACUCCAUAUGUCACUUGGAUGUGCUUAUAUCUGAAGAAUGGGCAUCGCGUACUUGUCACGCUAAAAGGAUUGUUGAAGGAUUCUUUAACCCUUAAAUCAUAAUUUGUUUGAUAAAAUAAUCUCAUUCUGGAGCAUUCUGACCUGAAAUACUGACUCUUGUUUUCAGCCAGCAUCAAAUAGGGAUCAAGUCAUUAUGCAGCAACAGGAAGCCACUUAAUCUUUGGAGGUAUGAGACAAAACAAAUAUCAAAUGCUUGACAAUAAACAGAAAGCAGCGAGACAGCUCUGAAUCACUAGGCAGGCAAAUUCUUUUUUAGUUCCUCCUAUGGAUUUAACUCCCCCCUCAAAAACAAACCGUGUGAAGGCUGGUCUGAUUCCUCUUUUACAUGUUUGAAAGCAAACUCCAUUGUGGCUAGACCUUCUCCCUAACACUCAUGCUCCUGCAACAUGCAAGACCCAAGUAUAUUUUUUUGACCAGUUUCCUAACAGGAAGAAGUUUUAUGCAGUAACAGUGUGUGCCUGACAGUCUGAACACACCUGAGAACUUUGGCAGAGUGCAGAGGUUUAAAAGCUAAUGAAGAAGGCCUUGCAUGGACAGACCCAAGGUAAUUGCUUCAACUGAAGAAAAGGCUAACGAGUCCAUGCGUUACUGGACACAAGAAAAAUAGGAAAGAGACUUUGUAGACAUGCAAAUAGAUUUUAUCCAGUACUUCUAGUCAGCCAUGUGACAAAAAGUCUAUAACCAGUUUUUGUCAGUUCUGGUACUCAUAAAGAUACUUGUCAUACAUUUGCAGUAGGUUGGACUGUUCUUUCCCUGUAAUAUGUCUUUAACUUCAAAAAUAUAAAUGAGGGCUAAAUAAAGAAACCCAAGCUUCUGA